CCCACCGCCUAUGUGGAUCCGGCCCAUCUUAUCUCAUCUGCGUUGCUUUACAACUCACACUUCUCGACACGGGGCUUCCCUCGUCCUUCAAAGGAGCACAUAACCCAGGGCACAGAGCGAGGAAAGGCUCGCCCAUCCCUCCAUGCCGCCUCGUAGGCUCUCCUUCGUCCUCCUCGUCGUCGCUGUAUUGGCUGGCGGCGGCGCCGGAUGCCCGGCAUCCGAUCGCGAAGCGCUUCUGGCCUUCCGGUCGGCCCUGUCUGAGCCGCACCUGGGGAUCUUCUCCUCGUGGACCGGCGACGACUGCUGCUCCCAGUGGUAUGGCGUGAGCUGCGACCCCACCACCGGGCGCGUAGCCGACAUUUCCCUCCGUGGCGAAUCGAAGGACCGCUCCGGCGGCCUCAUGUACGGACGUAUCUCGCCGGAGAUCUGCCGCCUGGACCGCCUCACCACCCUCGUCCUCGCCGACUGGAAGCACAUCUCCGGGCCCAUUCCCCCCUGCCUCACCUCCCUCCCCCUCCUCCGCAUCCUCGACCUCAUCGGCAACCGCUUCUCCGGCCCCAUCCCCGACGACAUCGGCAACCUUUCCCGCCUCGCCGUCCUCAACGUGGCCGACAACCAGAUAUCCGGCUCCAUCCCCGCCUCCCUCUCCGCCCUCUCCUCCCUCAUGCACCUCGACCUCAGCAACAACCAGAUCGCCGGCCCCAUCCCCGGCGACUUCGGCGAGCUGCGCAUGCUCAGCCGCGCCCUCCUCGCCCGCAACCGCAUCUCCGGUGUCAUCCCCUCCUCCGUCGGUCACAUGACCCGGCUCGCCGACCUCGACCUCGCCCAGAACCGCAUCUCCGGGGAGAUCCCGGACAGCCUCGGGUCGACGCCGGUUCUGUCGUCUCUAUACCUCGAUUCGAACCGGCUCAGCGGCCAGAUCCCGGUGGAGCUGUUCUCCAGCCGGGGGCUGGGGAUCCUGAACCUGAGCCGGAACGCCAUCGAGGGGGAGAUGCCGGACGCGUUCGGCUCCCACUCGUACUACACUGCGCUGGACCUGUCGUACAACCGGUUGAGCGGCCCGGUGCCGAAGACGCUAGUGAUGGCGGCCUACGUGGGCCACUUGGACCUCAGCCACAACCGCCUCUGCGGCGCCCUCCCCGUCGGCUCCCCCUUGGACCACCUCCAGCCCGCGUCCUUCGCCGACAACCACUGCCUCUGCGGUGGCCCGCUGCCAGCUUGUAAGUGAGGCGCAGGGCACAAAGAUCCCAGCGAUGGUAACGUGAUCUCUCUCUCUCUCUCUCUCUCUCUCUCUCUCUCUGACUGGUGAUUGCUACUAGUGCACUGAGAGUGAAUAAACAGGGGUAGGGGAAUGUAAUUGCUUGCAUGAUGUUAAUUCAAAGAAGCUUCUAAUCCCGCGA